AUGACAGAAGUUAUUGAAACCAAAGAAGUUGAGAAUAUUAUCUCUGAACAAUCAUUAAAAACAGAAUCAGUUAAAGUUAGUAAUAAAAGAUCAAGAGAUGAUGAAGAAAUGAAAGAUUCAGAGGGUGGUGUUAAAAAAACAUCUUUCCCACAAAUUAGUGUUGAAGAUACUGAAGAAGAACAAAUUAGAAAAGUUACUAUACCAUUUAAUAGAAUUGCACCAUUAAAAGCCAACUGGCAACAAAUUUAUGAACCAAUCGUUACACAUCUUAAAUUACAAAUUAGAAUGAAUACAAAAACAAGAAAAGUUGAAUUAAAAACCUCAAAAUCUACUAAAGAAACAUCUGCCCUUCAAAAAGCAGCUGAUUUUGUACAUGCUUUUUCUCUUGGUUUUGAAGUUAAUGAUGCAGUAGCAAUAUUAAGAUUAGACGAUUUAUAUAUAGAUUCAUUUGAUGUUGAAGAUGUUAAAAUAUUAAAAGGAGAUAAUUUAUCUCGUGCUAUUGGUCGUGUAGCUGGUAAAGAUGGUAAAACUAAAUUCACAAUUGAAAAUGUUACAAAAACUAGAAUAGUUUUAGCUGAUAAACGUAUUCAUAUUUUAGGAUCAUAUUCCAACAUUAGAGUUGCAAAAGAUGCAAUUUGUGACUUAAUUAUUGGUUCACCACCAGGUAAAGUUUACGCAAAAUUAAGAACAGUUUCAAGUAGAAUUGCAGAACGUUUCUAA